AUGACAGGAGCGGCGAUCGAGAAGCUGUGCGCGCUGCAGGCCGAGUCGAAGACCACAGACAAGGGCACGCUAGUCCGCGCGGCGCGUUGCCUCCUCUCCAGCGUCACGAAGGUGCUCCUGCUGGCCGACACGGUGGUCGUCAAGCAGCUCAUUCUCUCCAAGGACAAGGCGGUCCGCACACUCACCCGUCUGGAGAGCGUUACAAACUUCACCGAGUUCGUCAAAGCCUUUAGCCAGUUCGGCCAAGAAAUGGUGGAGUUUGCUCAUCUUACUGGGUCUCGGCAGAGUGACCUGAAGGAUGAGAGACGGCGGGCCCAGAUUACUGUGGCCAGGCAGGUGCUCGAAAGGUCAACCAUGAUGCUUCUGACGUCUUCCAAGGCGGUGCUGCGCCACCCCGACUGUCCCCGGUCACGUGACAACCGCGACACCGUCUUCUGCCAGAUGCGGCGAGCCAUGGAUCUCAUCCAUUACGUGGUCAAAGACGGUAUCCUGGACACGGUGGUUAACUCACAGAACGGCCACCAGGGGGCAACGAGUCGCCUGGACGGCCGGUCCACCGAGGACUGGGACGCCAAUCAUACGCUCACCCGAGCUAUACAGAGUGGGCGGGUGACGCCGAGUCAGCUGCGGAUGCAGGCGUGA